UUAAUAUAAAACUGAACAAAUCGAAAUCAAAAUGUGCCUAUUGGCCAUUGAACACACUCACGUGGUUUUAGUAAACGUGAUUAAUGGUUAAAUGGGGGCUGCUUUAAGGCUUAUGGUGACUAAUGAAUCUUAAGCAGAUGGAAGGGUAUAAAUGCCCAUGGUGCGCCACUCCAUGAUUCGCUUUUGACGCAGCUCCUGCAUAGAAUACCCGUAAGCGACAAUUGAAUAAAAAGAAGAAUAAAACAAUUGAAUUUAUUUAUUUAAAGGACGGAAUAGAUUUUUAAGCAGCAGAAAUGUCAGUAGUGAGCGCACUGCCUUUCCUAAAGCCCAUCCACACGAGAGCUCCGAUCUCCCCUGGCCGCCAGCGCCGACACACGCUCCCAGCAAGCGAGUUUCGCUCGCUCAACGCCGAGGACGCAAUCAGUGUGUUCGAAAUUGAGAGAGAGGCUUUUAUUUCAGUCUCUGGAGAAUGUCCUCUUCAUCUGGAUGAAGUCAGGCACUUUCUCACUCUCUGUCCUGAGCUUUCUUUGGGCUGGUUUGAACAGGGAAGGCUUGUCGCUUUUAUCAUAGGAUCUCUCUGGGACCAGGACCGUCUGAAUGCUGAUGCACUGACCCUUCAUAAACCUCAUGGAACUACUGUUCACAUCCAUGUGCUGGCAGUCCACCGGACCUUCCGCCAGCAAGGCAAAGGAUCCAUCCUCUUGUGGCGUUACUUGCAGUAUCUGCGCUGUCUAUCUUAUGUGCGCCGUGCCGUCCUUAUGUGUGAGGAUUUCUUGGUGCCCUUCUACCAGAAGUCUGGCUUCAAAGGGCAGGGUCCUUCUGAAAUCACUGUAGGGUCACUUACCUUCAUUGAGAUGUAUUAUCCUAUACGAGGCCAUGCAUUCGUGCGGCGUAACAGUGGCUGCUAAGGAAUUGCAAUUUAUGUUCUGAACCAGCCAAUUUGCUGAAGCAGCAUUUGAUCUAUAUAAGUUGUAAUGUCUGUGAUCACUUUUAUAAGACUUGGUUAA